CUCUUCUUUUUUGUCUCUGAGGUUCAUAAAAAAACCAGUGGGUUGGUGGGUUUGUGGUCCUAUGAACACUGAGGGUUGAGCUUUCUCCCGUGAAAACCAUGUGGGCUUUGUGCUGAAGCUGAUCCUAGACUAAGCAUCAUCUCCCUUUUUUUCUGACUGAGGACAAAGGGGCACUCAGGGGGUUUUAUUUUGAGUCAGAAAAGGAUAAAAAACCAGCUGGGUUUUGUGUUCCACUUUGGCUUUAGCCUCAAAUGACUUGCUGCAGUCUUUUAGAUACCAAGGUGAGAUCAUGACUGUAUGUUUUUGGAGUCUGUGCUAGAGUUGACUUGCCGCAGUAGGAAGAUCUGCUUUUCGGUAAGAUUUCACCAGACUGCCUCUUGGUUGAGGGAAAGAAGGGAAGAAUAGGAGAUCAUACAUUUAGCUUCGAAGAUAUUUGGAAGAACACUUCUCCUUUGAAACUUUAGAUAUUUUCCCAUGGUUUGAGGCCUUUCAGAUUUUGAAUCUGGUACAGAAAGAUUUCUUUGGUAAAGCCAUUUUUCUUGGUUUCUUUCCUUUGAGGUCUAGUUUGUGAAAAAAGCUUGCCAGAGAUUUGUGAUGGUUUAUAGGUCCAGAUUUCACGAUAUUUGAUAUACUAUUACUACUCUUCCUGCAGUUUAGCCAAUACAAGGUCAUUUCAUCAAUCUUCUACCAAAGGUCUGCAAGCGCUCUAGUGCUUUAUGCUACUUGGAUUUAGCUGCAGUUCUAAGUUUCAGUAACUGCUCCCUGGAUUAGUUCAUGGUCCGGAAAAGUGUUUCAAUAGCUUAGAUUUGAGCUUGUUUGUUCAGUCAUUGGAUUAGGAAGGCCUUUUUUUUUCUCAUACUGAGAGAAUGAGGCCUGUGGAUGAUAAGGGGUGUUACAGCAAUGGAUUAGCUCAGGACAUUCCCAGCAGUAACUCAUAUAACUUUGAGUUCCACAAUGGAAAUGCAACUAAUAAGGCUCGUCAACAUCGCAAGAUCUUAGGUUCUAGAUCCAAGCCAACCCCUUCAAAAUGGGAUGAUGCCCAGAAGUGGCUGGUUGGAUUAUCUGGUGGAGGUGAUCACUGUCACAGCAAGAGCAAGCCCCGGAACUCGAAUGCCGAUGAUAGAAGGCUUCUCGGUCCGAUGCCUCCGAAGGGAAGGGAUUCCUGCAGCAGUGCAGAUGGAGCAUUGGAGGAUGAUGCAGCACUGGCAGUUCCUACUCAAGAUGAAGGAGAAACAAAAAAGAUAGAUUGCAGUGAGUCAUUCUGGAGGAUCAGGAAGCCGGUUGAGGAGUCAUCCAUGGAAGUAAGAUCAGUUAGUGUGAGGGAUAUGGGCACAGAGAUGACCCCCAUAGCUAGCAAAGAGCCCUCCAGGACUGGUACACCACUUAGAGCUACUACUCCUGUGUUGAGGAGUCCCAUUUCUUCUAGAUCAUCCACCCCAGGGAGGAGCAGACAAGGCACCCAAGCCCAUGAGAGCUACCAAGCAGGUAUGAGGAAUUUGGAGAGGAAUAGUGAGUCAGUGCUCUUUGGUAAGGCUAGUGGGAAUGGAUGGCCUACUAGAGGGGAGGGUGAAUUAGAUGCCAGCAAGAUAUCUGAAAAUAAGGGUGCAGAACAAGUGAGGAACUCUGAUUCUCUGGAAGCACGAGCCAUGGCAUGGGACGAGGCCGAACGCGCCAAGUAUACGGCGAGAUACAAGCGUGAAGAAGUGAAGAUACAGGCAUGGGAGAAUCAUGAGAAAAGAAAAGCUGAAAUGGAGAUAAGGAGGAUGGAGCUGAAGGCUGAGAGGAUGAAAUCUCGGGCACAAGAAAAACUGGCAAACAAGUUGGCCGCAACACGAAGAAUAGCAGAAGAGAAGCGUGCUAGUGCAGAGGCCAAACUGAAUGAGAGAGCUGCUAGAACAUCCGAGAGAGCAGACUAUAUUAGAAGGACAGGACGCUUGCCAUCUUCCUUUUUUUCCUUCAAGUUGCCAUCACUGUGUGGCUAAAACAAUGUGAUGUAUCUAAUGGUACAUGUCCUCUCAUAAUCUGCCUGAAGAGUUAUUUUCUUUUAUUAUAAAUCUUACAGUUUGUGCCACUGUAAUCAAUUUGAUUAUUUUUGUAAGAUGGAAAUGCAUCAAUAGUAUUGUAUUCCCCCAAA